AUGCCACGUGAAUAUGCAAAGAGAAGGAUUUUGAAGCACUUGGUUGGCUUACCAGUGCAGACAGUGCAUGCUACGAAUGCUUAUUGUGCACUGGUGGUAGAUGACGAGACUCUGGAGGUGUUAUCGAGUGCUGUAAAGAAUUACGACUUACUGGAUAAUGGUAUAGCAGUAAUCCAGUCUAUUUCUAAAACUCGACAGCCGUUACCGGAGCUGGAUUGUAUAUACUAUUUAUCUCCACGAAAGGAAGUUGUGGAAAGAUUAAUUCAAGACUUCAAGAGUGAGAGGAAGCCUUCUUAUCGCUCUGCCCACAUCUUCUGGAGCACGUCAAUACAACGGGAAAGGCAGUUAAUAGAACUAAUAGCGGGUGCUAAUAGUCUGAUACCACGAAUAAAAUCUUUCAUUGAUUUCAAUAUGCAUUUUUGUGCGUAUGAAAGUCGAGCGUUUCACUUAUCAAUGCCACUAGCUUUACGACAGAUAUUAUCCAAAAGCAUACCUCCCCAUGAUUCUUUACUUAGAUCUAUUGCUGCGAAAUUAGCAACUGUGUGUAUCACGAUGGGUGAUAUGAGUAGUGUUAGAUUUUAUGGAGAUUCAGAACACCUUAAAACGAACAGGCAAGUCGCCCAGUACGUACAGGAAUACUUCGAUGCAAUAAAACCUGAAGAAUGCAGUAGAGGUAAUUCCGAACUAAUUAUUCUUGAUCGUUCUCUGGAUCCUUGCGUCAUACUGCUCCAUGAAUACAGCUAUCAAGCAUUGGCUUAUGACGUGCUUGAAAUCCCUGUGUGCAGUAUGAAAUCGCCUGAAGACAAUGACACCUACAAGUUCAAAGACGAGAAAAAUGAGGAGCAUACCGUUCUAUUGUCAGAAGCAGAUGAGUUAUUUGUGCGAUAUCGACACAAGCACAUCGCGUCGGUCAUUACGGGUGUGCGUGACGAGUUGCUCAAAUUUGCUGCGGACAACGCGACUGCUCAGUACAAAAAGGCUGGUGGGGAUAUUGGGGGUGCGAUUCAAGCGUUGCCACAGUACUCGGAGAUGACGACGAAAUUCACAACUCACAUGAAAGUAUCGGAGGCUUGUUUUUCGACGUUGGAGAAGACCGGUAUUUUCCGAGCUGGAGUGUUGGAACAGGAUCUGGCCACAGGUGUAGACAAGCACGGUAAGUCGAUCCAGGUCUUGAAGACGUUAGAGGAGCUAGCUCGAUUGGUGUCGGAUAAAUCUAGCAUUGCUAUGGGGGAGAGGGUACGGUUGCUCUUGCUUUACUUUACCAUGAUGGAUGGAGUGCAACCAGAGGACAAACGGAAGAUGAUAAGGGGCGCGGGAAUGUCGGUUGAGGUAGAGAAACUCAUUGACACCUUCUCGGACAUCGGCUUAGUCCCCGAGCCCCACGAUUCUAAAGAAGGUUCGCUCAAACACGUUCACCGAAAUCACAAGAACGAACAGAGGUUACAACUUAACAAACGACGAGCCAAGAGCGCACAAUACGAACUCUCCCGCUUUGAACCACUCAUCAAGGAACUCAUGGAAGCCGCUGCUACCAAAAGACUCCCUCGAUCCACCUUCCCCUACCUCGCCGACCCCGACUUCGAAACCGGCGCCGGCAACCGCUAUAACGACAACGCUCCGGCCGCAGGCACCCGACUCCGAGCCGCACAAAUCGACUGGGACUGGACCGCCGCUACCGACCAAGUUGCCAGCCCCGAAACCGCAUCCUCAAUACUGCAGAAUAGCGGCAAACGCAAAAUCAUCUUCUUCGUACUUGGCGGCGUCUCUUUCAGCGAAAUCAGAACCGCCUACGAAGUCACCAAAGCCACCACUGCAGACAUCUACAUCGGCGGCACCAGCAUACUCAGCCCACCCAUGCUCUACGACAUACUCAAACAUGAAGUCUAA